AUGUCGGUGCCUGGACGCGUGGCUCCCUUCCCCUGCGUCCACGCCCCGCUCGUGCUUUCCAUCGACUUCUACCCACCUCCGGCCCAGCUCUUUGAGCGCUACCAUGACCCUUCGUAUGGUGAGGUCGCCAAAAAUGGCACACUCCAUCCCAGGCCCAUUGGUCGCUGGGGCAAUGGCGGUUUCAUGGCCAUAAACCGCCAACAGUCCCUCACUCUCCUACCCAGUCCCCCUCUCCUCUAG